AGCAGAUUAACACAACAAAGUCCACUUUUUAUAUAUUCACCACCACUAUUUAUUGGUACCUUGUUUUCAUCAAACAAACAAACGGCACCGUUAUUUAGGCUUCUGCAGGCUGCAUCUAUUCCAUUCCAGCUGCAGAUCAUGGGAAGCAUGAAAAAAGAAUCACACAAGCAAAGCAAGUUUAAGCAUUACAUUUCAACUCCUGUAAGAAUUCUAAAGAAGGCAAAGGAUUUAUACGUUAAUGGGUUAUUAGCUUGUUCCGGAAGAAUUGCUGGCUCUGCACCUGUUCAUAUUUCCGUUUCACACCUCCCUGAAGACACUGCUAAGACAAAUAGUAGUGAGAGACAGUCAUUGAGAGAGAUUUUCAGAACCGCGCCGAUCAAUGAAAUGAGAUUUGUGAUGAAUGGAGAUAGAACAGUGCCAAUAAGAAAUACUAUAGGGAGUGAAAUGGUUAUGCAAAGGAGGCAAAGGCAACGGAUCGUGGGGUGUAAGUAUAAUAGAAAUAAAAUGAGUUAUCAGACCGAGUUGAGAAAGAUGGGAAGAAUUGAUGAAGAUAAACCUUGUUGUUUUGAGGAAGAUGAAAGUGAUCAUUCUAUUUCCAAGGGAAGUUUAGUGUAUCUGUAUCCAAGAAGUAGAAGGAUCAAUACUGUUGUCAAACUGCCACCCGUUUAAGCUGCAAUUUUGUUGAUCUAUGGUUAAACUUUUUCAAUAGUUUCACCAUGUAGUUUUGGGAGUUAUAGGUUUUAGUUUCAAUGGCUAAUAAUAUUGUUCUCUGUUGAUUAAGUAUAGCAAAAAGAUCUUAUUGUUCUUGUGAGUUUUGGGGGUUGGAUGAGUUGUGUGUGUAUGAUGGUAUCAUUAAUCAUAAUGAUCUACUUGUUUGAAGUUAAGUCAUUAUUUGAAAUUUAGAAAGUGGUUUCAACUA